AUGAAGUUGUUCGCAGUAUUAGGUGCCCUGACGGUGGGCAUAAUGGCAGCCAAUGGUAUUGGCAUUGGUGGAGGUGGAGGUUUUGGUGGAGCAUCAUCCAGUGCCUCAGCAUCGGCCUCGGCUGGGGCAGUUGGUGGUGGUUUUGGCGGUGGUGGCCUUGGUGGCGGUAAAGGAUUUGGCGGCGGCAAAGGUGGCGGCUUUGGCGGUGGACCUGGUUUUGGUGGCGGUGGUUUGGGUGGUGGCUUCGGCGGUGCUGGAGCCAAUGCCGGCGCCAGUGCAGGUGCCAUUGGCGGCGGCAAGGGUGGCGGUUUCGGUCCAGGUCUAGGUGGCGGUUUUGGCCCCGGCGGUGGUUUCGGUGGCGGUAAAGGCCACGGUGGCCUAGGCGGCCAUGGUGGUUUCGGCGGUGGUGGUCUGGGUGGUGGCUUCGGCGGUGCUGGAGCUAACGCUGGCGCCAGUGCUGGUGCCUUUGGCGGCGGCAAGGGUGGCGGUUUCGGCCCUGGAAUUGGUGGCGGUUUCGGCCCAGGUGGCGGCUUCGGAGGCGGCAAAGGCCUUGGCGGUGCCUAUGGAAAACCUGGUUUCGGUGGUGGUGGUUUGGGCGGUGGCUUUGGCGGUGCCGGAGCCAGUGCCAGUGCUGCAGCCAACGCCGGUGCUUAUGGCGGCGGCGGCUUCAAGGGUUAA